CAAAGAGGAAAUUUGCUGAAAAGGAGGCAGGUGUCCCGGACUUGGAGCUGGAAGCAGAUCAGUGAUGACUACGAUUGUCUCAGCACAAUGGACUGAAGCGAAUGUUGACUGUGGGGGCCACAUCACAGAUGGCAGUGGUCACAUCGCCGCCUAUGCUGGGAAAAACACCGAAUGUGUCUGGGUCAUUGAGAAUGAGCCUCCAGUAAAAGUAUCUCUGAUCCUGUACUACUUUCAGUUCGAAGGUGCUCCCCACGACUGUGAGAAAGAGUAUGUGGAACUCCUGGAUGGACCUCUGGGGUCUCCAUCCCUUGGCAAGAUUUGUGAAUCCUACACUGAAUUCUAUUCAUCUUCUUCCAACAUCAUGACCAUCAAGUACUCCCGAAUACCCAGCCAACCACCGACUCUAUUUCACAUGGGUUAUGAUCGUAUCACUUAUGGACGCUAGGGGCUGGCAGGGGGACUGCUGACGCUCUCUCCCCUACCCACGCCUGGCUGAGUGGCAUGUUGGGCAGAGGUUCUACAUGUCACUGUAAGAUAUGGUUGUGCCCAAGUCCUAGUGGACCACCACUGGGUGAGGGAGAGUAAACGGUACCCAGUGAUUUUUCCAGAAACAUACGUAGGUUCUAUCCCAUGAUUUCUGCAUAGCCACUUGUGUGGGGUCGGUAGACCAGAUACAAUAACUAUUUUUGUUAUUGUACCUGUCAUCUUGAUGAUGGGGCAUGUAUUUCUUAGAAUACACCAUCUUUCUCUUUGUUGAUCUUGUUAUAAUCUCUUUGGCACUUUUUAGUGUAUUUAUGCAAGAUUUGUAGUUUAUGUAGUAUAUAGCAUACCAAAUGUAUAAUGCACAUAUUCUAUAUAUGAAUAAGUAUGCAUAUAGGUGAA